AUGGACGAUAAAAGAGUUGCUGAUUACUUUGUAGUGGCUGGGCUCCAAGAUAAUGCUUCUCCUCUAGAUGAAUUUUCACGAGAUGGAAAUGUUCCCAAAACUACACAUUCUUCAGUUCCAAUCACAGAUGUUACUGUCAUAAUAAGAAGCUUAGGCGAAGUAGUUCCUAAAGGUUAUGUCUGUAUAGAACAUACUCCAACAGGUUUGAAUGCUGACCUUAAUCAUGGGAGUAUACGGAGUCCCAAUAUAUAUUUUUGCUACAAGCGCGGAAGAGAAAAGCCUCCUUUGGUGGAUAUUGGGGUUUUGUUUGAAGGAAAGGAGAAGGUUAUGGCCGACAGUGAAGUGGUCUUGACCACGCUUCAAGGUCGUUCGGCCAAUGUAAAUAAUAGUGGUUCAAAGACCUAUAUUACAUAUCGUCGCGCAACUGAAAAUGCACCUUGCAAUCAAUUGGUAGUAACAGAUAUAUGUAUUAUUAUAGCAAAUAAGGGUGAAAAUCCUCCUCAUGCCUUUUGUAAGAUUGAUAAGAAUUUAAAUAAAGGAGUGUUGGGCAGUGAUGUUUACUUGUGUUAUAAAAAGUCGAUGAACAGGCCCGAUCUUCUGUGUUAUAAACCAGGUAUACUUGGAAGAUUUCCCCUUGAUGAUUAUGAAUCAUUUCCUCUUCCGCCCUCUGUGCCAUUAUUUUGUUUGCCUAUGGGUGCAACUAUAGAAUGUUGGCCAAAGAAAGCUCAACAGCCAAAACCAGUGUUUUCCACAUUUGUGUUAACAUCUUAUUCAGCAGAAAAGGUGUAUGGUGCAGCUGUAACAUUUUAUGAGCCAUUCAAUGAAAUAAAACUGAAUGGAGUGAUGCGGAAGCACCUAAAAUAUGAAAAUGACGAACAGAAGAAAGUUAGGUGCUUGCAAACAAACAAAUCUAUUUGUUUGCUUUCAAGAUGGCCAUUUUUUGACACAUUUGAAAAAUUUCUUCGCUACUUGCACCGGAUGUCCAUUACAGGUCCUCACCGAGUUCCUCUUGAGAGGAUUGUAUCUCAUUUUAUGCUAGAAGUUCCUUUUCCUUCUGUACAGAGACCUAGGAUUUUAAUUCAGCUUUCAGACUACACUAUCACUCUAGCUACCCCUGGAGAUACUCAGUUGCCUCUAACGGGUGCAUCAUUUAUUCAAUUUUUAAAGAAUCUUGGGCCAGAUAAUUGUUUGAAAAUUCUACUAUUUGCGCUUACUGAACAAAAAAUUUUAUUUCAUUCAUUGCGUCCAGAUGUUUUAACGAGUGUUGCAGAAGCUGUUGUUAUGUUAAUAUUUCCUUUCCAUUGGCAAUGUCCAUACAUACCUCUUUGUCCUCUUGGAUUGUCAGAUGUUUUGUGUGCACCUGUGCCAUUUUUAGUUGGUGUGGAUUCUCGGUACUUUGAUUUAUUCGAUCCACCACUAGAUGUUACAUGUGUAGAUUUAGACACUAAUACAAUAUUUAUCUCAGAAGAAAAGAAGUAUCUAAAUGUCAAACUGUUUCCAAAAAGACCAAUCAGAAUUUUACGCAAUACACUUCAGUCACUCUAUGAAAAAUUGGGUUCUGUUCGAAAUAAUGUCUCAAACUCUCUUAUUCUUGCAAGCAAUUCAGCUUUAAUAGAUUUCGAUUUUAAGGCAAAGAAAAGGGAGCGACAACUUGAAACUGAAAUACAAGAAGCCUUUUUACGUUUUAUGGCAUCUAUUUUGAAAGGGUACAGAAGUUAUCUAUUGCCAAUUACAAAAGCUCCAACUAUUGGGACUACAGAUGCAAGCUCCUUAUUUGAUCUGAAUGGUUUUCUGAGAAGUCGUGAUAAAACUUACAGUAGGUUUUUCUCUAUGAUGAUGAAAACUCAAAUGUUCAUUCGUUUCAUCGAAGAACGUUCAUUUGUAUCUGAUAAAGAUGCUAGUUUAGCCUUUUUUGAUGAGUGCAGUGAAAAAAUAGAUUCUUCUGAAAGUCAUGACGUUAGGUUUCUUGAAAUUGACGAAUCACAUAUGAGUGAUAGAACUGUGUUUGUUGCCCCUCCAGAGCCCAUAGGUUUGCCUGUAGGGUUGGAAUAUAGGUAUAAGCAAUUUGGGACUCUAAAGCCUCAGUUAUUUCAUAAAUCUCCUGCCAAGUCGCUUUUGAACUUAAUUGCUCAAGCUAGUCCAAUGCCAAGCAGCCCCAUGGCUAGAAGAACCAAACAAGAAAUCAGAAGUGCCCAAAAGAUUGCAAGAAAACAUUCUGAGACUCCUGUCAUGUGGGCAAAGUGCCUAGUUGGUUAUUGCUUCAGUUUAUGGUUUAUUCAUUUGCCGUCAUACGUAAAAAUUGCAAGUUCUAAAAGCAAUGCUUUAAGGAUGGCAUUUGAUGUCUUAGUUCGUAUGCAAGAAUAUAAAAUCAGUCAGCCCGAUGAAGUGUGUUAUAGAGUAAUGAUGUUAUUAUGUGGGUUAUAUAGUCAGCCCACACUUGCUGUUAAAGUUCUUUUUGAGAUGAAAAGUCAUAAUAUUCAGCCUAAUGCUAUAACAUAUGGUUAUUACAAUAAGGCAGUAUUAGAAAGCAAGUGGCCUGCAGCUGAUGCCAGUAGCACUUUAAUGUGGAACCGUUUGAGAAACGUCAUUAUAGGAAUAGCCCAAUUUCGCCAAGGAUUGAAAAAUAAAGCCCGACGUUCCAUAUCCUUAUGCUCUGAAGCCGACUUAGAUCGUUUAAGUAGAACAAGUACAGAAAGUAGUAAUCCUGAAGAGGUGGCAUUAGUCAGGAUCAGUAAUCCAACAGAUUUUGUUCCAGAACUUAUUAAACUUGCUGAUGAUCAAAGCAAUUUGGAUGGUCUUUCUGACCGGGGAUACAGCUCCAUGAACCACGUUGAUGGAAUUAAACCGUCACCAAAUUUAGAAACAGAGUUCACAGAAAACCAUAAGUCUGGUGAAGAAACCAUGGAGGUGCCUUCUAGCACAGAUUCCUGUCAUCAACCUGGUAAGAAAUGCACCGUUGCAAGAUGUUUAAAAUUCAAAGAAAUAGACUUUUCGGAAUCUGAUAGCUUUCGAUCUCGUGUUCAUAGCAUCGUCAAAAGUUCUGCCACCAGCAUGGGUAGUCUUUCACAACUUCAUGAAUGUGCAGUUGACAGUAGUGCUGGCAUUCUUAUGACUAGCAGGACAUCAAGCAUAGAUGAAGCAGGUGAUGAAUCAAAUAGCCGUAGACGUCAUAGGAGUGCUGGUGAUUGUAAUUGUCGUACCUCAAGGAGUUACCAGCUGUGUAAUAAAAGCUUAUGUGAUAGUCCCUGUGAAAAUGAAUCAAAUAUACCUUUUUUACGUUCGCAUAGUUUUGGAAACGAUGCACAAAUUAUACGAAAAAUUAGAAAUUCAAAAGAGGACAAUGAACCUCUAGCUAAAUGGAUCGACUCUCCUCUAAAAAAAGGCCUUUUUGACAAAAAGCGAGAUGAGAAGGAAAAGAGUAUGAAAAGUUUUGGACUUACUCGCUGUGAUGAAGAGCCAGAAACCGAACAAGAUCUUAUUAUUUUCUCUUUUGACAGACCUAAAUCUCCCAAUAUUCCAAUAGAGAAACAAAGAAAAAUAUCUGAAGAAUCCAAACAUAGUGCCGUAUCUAGUCUGUCAUCGGAUGAUUCUGCUGGUAUCAUCGAAGAAAAAAAUGUAAACGAGGAAUCAGAAACUUCAUCACAGGAUUUUCUUUCAUCAACAUUUACUCCUCUAAAAGAAGCAUGGCAAAAUUGGGAUUUUUCAAGCAGUGCUUUGCCUCGAGUUGCAUCCAACAUUACAACUACAUUCGGGAAUGUUUAUCGUGAGUCUUUUAGGAGAAAGCAAGGUAAUAAGGUAUCUAGGAGCUCAACAUUUCACAGUGGUGCUAGAAAUUCCAUACCAAAAAUGAAGCAACGCAAAGAAAGUUUGGGAGAUUUGGGUGCAAAUGAAAAUUUAUCGAUGUCUAGGUCCUCAACACUUCCAAUGUCUCCACGAUUGUCACAGCCUUCCAGCAAUGAAAGAUCGGACUCUCCACUGAGAUCUUUUCCUGUUAGUUCCUCUGCUUUUGGUAUUUCACGAUUAACCUCCAAACAUUCAGAAGUUCUCUUUGACAGCUUGAAAUCCGCUGUUACUUCGGUGUCGUCAAAAUUGAAUGAAAUCAAGAGUUCCUUGUCUGCAUCAAACACACCCACUAAAAGUCCUUAUUCCAGUCAGCACAAUGUUGCUGAUCAGUUGGUAAUUUAUGAUGAGCUUGAUUCAGGUGGACUUACAGCUGAUGGUCACCGAAUUAGUUUAGAUUUUUCAAGUCUCAGCAGCUCAACUUUUGGCUUUGAUAGUAGUUUGAAAGAGAAAAUUUACGGAAAAUCAGAGCAUAAAAAUAGCCUGCCACAUGUUGGUAGUGCACCAGUAUUUUCUUCUCAAGUAUAUGAGAUGUUUGAAAUGAAUAAAUCGGUUCAAACUGAUAAUGCAUCCUCUCACAAAACUGCAAUUGAAAUUACAAUGACUACUUGCUCACGCUGCAUGGCAUGUUCAUCCUUAUUGUAUGAUGAAGAAAUUAUGGAAGGCUGGAGUGCAGAUGAUUCAAAUUUAAAUACUCGGUGCACCUUUUGUAAAGCAAAGCUCGUACCACUAUUAAGUAUAACAAUGAAAGAUUUAAGGUGGGAAAGCUCUUCUGAAAAUUGUCUAAGCCCAGCCCAGUCAACCGAGAGUAUUCAGAGUGCCCCCUCUAGUACUCGUAAUUACACAUUUGAUUCUGAUUUGAGCCGUCCAAAACUUCUGCCUGACAAAGAUGCUCACAUUAAUAGAAGUACUGAUUCAAAUCAUAAUACAUUUAUUCUUUUUGAAGAAAGUCCAGAAAAUGAAGAAUUGCCUGUGAAAAGUACGAAUUCUAAAGUUGAAGAAAAUAAUCUUAAGAACGCUUUAGAAGAUACAAAAGAAACUUCACAUUCUCAGAUUUCUGUUUCUAGCUCUUUAGAUGAAAAUGAAAAUCCGUCUUCUACUAACCCAGCCAAGUUUUCUAGACAGAGUCAGUUGUCUUAUUCUUCUGGUAGUGAUAUUAGAAGGUUUUCAGCCACGUUGACUGAAAUUGAUCCAAUCACAGUGCCUUAUCUAAGUCCAUUAGUUCUGAGAAAAGAAGUUGAAAAUGUUCUAGAGCAUGAAGGUGAUAACUGCAUGACAAAAGCCGACUUUGUUGACCAGCACCCUAUUAUAUAUUGGAAUUUAAUAUGGUUUUUCAAGCGUAUUAAUGCUUCAAGUCAUCUUCCUAGUCUAAUUUUAACUGCAGAAUCUGUUACCAAAGGAAAACAGAUUCCUUCUAUGUGGCAAAAAGCUGAUAGUAGAAAUAUUAUGAUUCAUUGUGUUUGGGACAAUCUAAAAUUGCAUGAAGAUAUGGGACAGCCAUUUUAUUUGCUAUGGGCUCAGCAAGAAAGUGGGGAAGUGUCUUCUCUUGUAACUGCCCUUGUGACUGAUGAAAGAAAAGCAUCUAAAAAUGUUGUGAAGCAUGUUUUAGCUCGUCUUCAGUGCAAUGAUUUGCGCUCACCAAUUACUAUUCUCAUGAAUGAGCGAAGAAAAGGCCCACCUCGAAAACACCAUCACAGUAUUUACAGAGAAAUAUUAUUUCUGUCCUUUGUUACGAUUGGUAGAGAGAAUAUUGAUAAUUUACAUUUUGAUCUGGAGUAUAGAAAAGCUUUUGCUCAGCUAACGAACAAAGAAUUAUCACAGCUGCAUGUAAACGAUAAGCCUCCUGCAGAAGGAGCCGUGUUUUGUCGCAACUAUUUUAAAGAUUUAGAGUUGAAAGUCAGAUAAGUUCUUGUGGCUCCAAGAUUGAAGUUAUUAUAUUUUUCUUCAAGACUGAAAUCAUUAAAGUUCACGUUUCUCCCGACUGUUAAUUCAUGCAUUUUCCCCUUUAUUGAGACUGCUGUAAAUACUUUUUAUGUUUAUGUGAAAAAUAUUUAAAAGUGUUCAAAGUAUAUUUAUCAUGUUUUUAUUUGAGCAUGUUGUAUCUAUAGAAUUUAUUUUAUUAAGUGUUUAUUUUUUUCCGUAACAUAAGAGAAGCAUGUUUCUCUUUUUUAAAACAUAAUGGAAUCAAGGUAAAUAAUUGCUUUCAAUUCUCAACCAAGUAGUUUUAUCUAUAAAUAUUGCAAAUGAUAAGUGAGAGCUUGGAAACUUUUCAUGCAAAAGUAUGUUAUUUGUUAAUGUUAGCUGAUGUCAAAUUGUAAUUUGUAUAGCAUUUUAUAUUGUUAUUCAUGGGUUAUAAAGUUUAUGUAAUGAUUUGUUUUUAUCUUUCUGAAAUUUUGAUUCAGAAUAUUUUAAAUCAAAGGAAAUAAAUCAUAAUUUUAAUAAAUUAUAUCUGUUAAUCAAAUUUUUGAGUAUCCAGUCGUAUGUCAGCUGUAUGCCAAUUUCUAUCAAAAGUUCAAUAAGUAUCAAUAGUACAAGAAAGUCUUAGCGAUCUUUAAAUUUCACAUUAGUCACAACUCCCUUAGAAAUUCUUUUCAAAGAAUAAUCUUAGUACUAUAUAGAAUUUUACUAAAAUUCAAAAAAAUCUAAAAAAGCCUGAAAAUAUUUAAAUAAAGGUGUGACUUGUUUAGUGAUUCUCUCCACUUUGUAAACCAAUGACCAUUUCAGUUGGUGGUCAUAUUUGAAACUGCUUUAAAAAAUUUUUUUUAUCUGAUCGGAGUAUCUUUUUUCUAUUUGGAGUAUGCAAUUCAUGCUCAACUUCAUAUACAGUAAACUCCCGAUUAUUCGCAGAUUAGGGUGGAACGGUAACCACAGAUAAGCAAAACCAUGGAUAAUCCAAAUUAUAGGUAAGAAACGAUACUGGUGUAUACAAUAGCUAAAAAGUAGGAAUAAAACUCACACAUACAUUUAAUUUACAGCUAAAAACAAUAACACUGAUUGUAAAAAAUAUAUGUAAAAGCUAAAAACAAACAAAAACAUAAUCAUGAGUUACCGCCGUUUAAGAAAAAAAAUUGUGAUAAGACCUGCCGAUAAUCCGAACCGUGGAUAAUCCGAUCGCCGAUAAUCGGCAGUUUACUGUAAUCACAAAAGCCUUACAUUAUGUGUUAUAAAUCCAACUAUUUAAAAAUCUAAUAAAAGCUCUCUGUUGCAAUCUAUAUUGUAAAUUUGUUUUUUAAAGUAUUCAUUGAAAUAUAAUGGAUUUAUUAAAUUUUUGAAAUUGUAUUUAAAAAUUCCUUAACUGUACCCACAAUUACUAUGCCAUGCUAGUAUCCUCCAUGUGUUAGGUGCUGCUUUCAUUAAAAUGUAAUGAAACUGCCUUUGCAACACAGAAAUGUAUUUGAAUUAUUUGCACUCAAGCACUUUCUGAAGUGAUGUCGUUUUUACUUUGUUGCAUGGUUAUGUGACAUUGGAAAAGUGCCAAGCAUUGAAAGGAAAAAAGAAAAAAGGCAGCAAUUCUAAGUUCUUUUAAACCCAAUGGACAAGUCGAACAUCAAAGUCUUUAAAAAAAAAAGUUAUUUUAGUGUAGGUGUAUAGGUUCACUUACAUGCACACGUAAUUCAUUUACUGUUUGUUUUAAUUUUAAUCUUACUCAUUUGUUAGGCAGCUUUGUUGAGCUCGUAUUACCCCCAAAAAAAAUUGGAAAAAUAUGGUCAUAAAACGUUAAUUGUAGUAGAUAUGAAAUCAUGAUUGAUGCAAAAAAGGUAUAUAGCUACCAAGCAAAGCAUACCUCAAAAUAAAUUUUUAGCUAUGAGGGGUAUCUCUUAAAAACAUUAUUUGGCAGUUUGAAUAAUUACAUUAGUACUGUCUGACCACAUUUGACAUGGAAUUGGCAUUGGCUAGCAGCCAAAUAAAACAAUUCUGAAUGGGAGGGGGGAAGGGAUUGCUAGUGUUUCAUUCAUUUAAACGUGACGCUGCUUAAUUUAGUGAGUAAGACUCUUCUGUAACUGCAAACUAGCACCCCUACAAGAUAAUAGAUGUGUCCAUUUCCACCUGUAAAGCAGAUGUUCACAUUUCUAUCUCAUUAAUGCGGUGGUCAAACAGUUAAUGAUACAUAAAUGUAAAAAAAAAAAAAAUCCAGAAAAAAUUAAAAUGUCUUUGUUACUUCAGAAAGCAAUAUAAAGAAUGGAAAUUUAAAAUAUGAUUUCAAUUUUUGUCUAGUAUUACUGUAAAAUCCCUGUAAUAGUAACCCUUUAGAAAUAAAGUUCAAUCUCCCACGACAGUUGCAACCCCUUUUUUCAUAGUAUUUUCUAUGGGCUAGAUAACUGUUAAUUCUUUAAAAACAGUAAAUACAACAAAAUCAGAAAUGUUGCAUAUUUAUUUGAGAAAAGUAAGCAUGAGGGAGGAGAUACUUUAAUCUGCUUUGAUUCACUAGUAAUUCGUUACUAGAGUAAAAUUUUCAUGUAAUUAUGUUUUAGUUUUUCCAUUUUCUAUUUAUUUAAGCUGACAUUGUAUAAUUAUAACCAAAAACAUUGUCAUCAAAAAUUAUUAUUUUUUAAAGCUCUUGAUCAACUCAAGGGAUUCCCUUGCAGAAUAUUUCUCUAGCAUAAUCAAUUUAUUAUUUGACUCAUUUGUAUUGAUUAACACAUAGAUCAUACAUUUGAAAAAUAAUACAGAUGCAUUGGAAGACAUUGCAUUGGAUUGGAGAUGCAUUGGAAACAAAUUGAGUACGGUAGAAAUUCAAAAAUCCAAACGCAGUCCUAUCAAGUUUUAAUAAACUCAAAAGAAUUUCAUAGCUCUUUCAGCCGAAAAUCAGCGAGCCUUUUAAAUGAGGUCAAGUCAGUUUUUCCUUUACUGAAAUUAGUCAACUUUUUUUGUCUGAGAUUGAUGUAUUUUUCAGAAAUGUAUUCAAUAUUCUUUAAUUACUAUAUAAUAGUUCCUUGCAUGGUACAUAUGGUACCUGUAAGUAUUUUUUAUUUUUCUUUAUUUUCAGUAACAAUGUGAGUUUUCUUUAAAAAAAUUUAAUUACCUAUUACAGCAUCAUAUACUGUAUUGUAUGUUAUGUGCAUACAUAUUGUAUAACCACUUUAUUUCAUUGAAUGACUUACAAUUUCCCUAAACGGUAUUUUCUAGGUUAUUUAAAAAAAUCCGAACAAUUGGAAAGUCUAAACUACCUAUGGUCUCAAUUAGUUUGGAUGACGUUUUACAGUACAUAGUAAUAUUAUAUCCUUGUGAUUCUUGUCUUAGUUUGAUUGAUUAAUUAUUUUAAAGUUUUAAAAUUACACUUCAGAUUUUGAUAAAUAAAAAUUUGGCAACACUGACUACUUUGUUCAGGUUAGUUCCUAAAAAUUGCUUUUCUCUUGACAAAAGCUUUAUUGAGAAAAUUUAAAUAUGUGUGAUAUUGCUAUUUAUUUUAUUCAUUUUAUGUGUUAAAGUUUGUUAUCCAUUUAAACAAAAAAAGUUAUGUAUUUAUGUUGAAAUGUGUUAGAAGUAUAUGGAGGAUACACACUACCAUUUGAAAGAGGGGAGGAGUCAAGCUGAAAAAUGACCCCCACCCCUCCCCAUAAACAAACCUAUGGUUUUGGGUACCAAACAUUUCUGAAAUUGCUUGGAAGUCAAUAAAAAGUACCAAACUGGCCAGGAAUUAGGCACUUAGUAUGUCAUAAAUGUUACAAAUUAGGUUCAUAAUCAAUGAAAAUAAGUAAAUUUCAAAGGUUUACUUGUUAAAAAUAAUUAAUGCAUGAAAAGAUAAUUGAAAUCAUUUACAUUUUAUUUCUAAAGUGUUUAAACACAAUAUGGAUGGAUAAUAUUGUCAACGGUUUGGUUUGGGGGGGACAUGACUCUCCCUUUGUAUCCACUCCCCAGUAAUGAAGCUAGUUAAUGGAAUUUUAUUGGCAAUCUGAAUUAAGAAUGCUUAAAAUCAAGAAAUAAAAUUCAGUCUGGUCUUGAAUGAUAUAGAGGUCUUAGAGAGUGAAAUGUCUUUGCAAUCCAACUGCAACUUGCAAAAGCGUUAAGGCAUAUUUUAUCUUAUACAAACUUUAUAAUCCAACGCAUUGUACCACAGAAAUAUGCCAAUCUAAAUAACUACUGCCAUCUAAUGACACUUGUUGCAGAAGCUUGAUUUGGAAUAUACAUCAGCUUUCCUAAUUCACUUUUCCCUAUUUGUUUAUGUAAUUUCAGAGAUUAAUAUUUAUAUCUUUGUGUACAUGCAAGUUCUUUUUAUAGUUUUACUGACCAGAUGAGUGUAUGCUAAAAAUAACUAACUUAAAAAUUAAAAAAAAAAAAAAAAGAAACAAGAUUUUAAACUGUCUAUCUCGAAUGUCGAGGGUUCAGAAAAAAAAAUUAGGGACAGGUUUUGAGAUAUGGAGGUUUUGAUUUUUGCAUUUAAAUCUAGUGACUGAGUUGUUUAAGCAAUAUAUGUGUUCAGUGAACUGAAAAAAAAACAGACCCUCAUUUUACGCUGGUUUAUUUUACGCAGUUAACUUAUACACCUUGUAUAAGUAUCAAAGUUUUAUAAAAGUAAUUUUAGGCUAUAUGUUGAGACUUUAGAAAAGAGGGUAGGCGUUUUCUACAGGAAAAUUUUUAGAAUUUAAAGUCCUAAAUAUGUACUUUUUGGCUGUGUUUCCUAUGUUAGAGAAAAAGACAGGGUUCGGGGUUCUACCCAGGAAUUUUUAAACAUUGAGGUCUAAAACCCUAUUUCUAAGCUAUUUUUUGUGUUUUCAGGAAAAGAGAUAAAAAAAUUCGAGAGCUCUCCCUCCAAAAAACAUUUUGAAGCUAUCUUUCACGCAUUAGACUGGUGGUAGGAGAGGUUCCCAACCCAAAUUAUUUGAAACUGAAUAAGCUAAAAAACAAUUUUAGUCUAUGUUUUUCCAAGUUGAGAGACCAAACCAAAUGUCAAAAAAAGGAAUUUGCUUACCUCCCAUAAGGAUUAGACUAACAUGUGAUCUAACAUUGUCGGAUAGAUUUUCUACUCUCAAAAGCUUGAAAACAGAAAUACCUGUUACUUCUUUUGAAAUAGAGAACUUUUGUAAUGAAUGAGAAAUAAAAGUAAACUCUGCAACAUAUAAAGCCACCCCUGUGAUGAGGAAUAAUUUAUUUCAUGAACAAUAUUUUUCACCUUUCCCUCCCUUUCUUACUCUCAUCACGAUUUUCCUGAAAAUAAAAGAAUUAAAAAAAAGCCUUUGUUUCACUAGUGUAGGUGUUCAAGAAACUCUCUUAAAAUCCAGUGUUAACUCUUUCUUAUAACAACAAUCCGAAAGCUUCAUUGAUUUCUUCCUCCUGGAGCUAACUUCUAGAGUCUAAAAAAACAUUGGUCCCAUGACUGUCCACUGCCGCCCCUCAGAAAAAAACAAGAAA